CGCCACCGAGGCCGCGGCGCUCGCCAUGGCCGCCCCCUCCCCGCCGCCGCCGCCGCCGCCGCCGCCCCGCUCCCCUCGCCCACCGCCGCCCACCGCCCUCCUGCUGCUCUCCGUGCUCCUGGCCGGGCCGCUCGAGGGGGCCCGCGCUUUGACAUGUUUGUGCUCCGACUGCAAACAAGCCAACUCCACGUGUGAGACGGAUGGUGCCUGCAUGGUCUCAGUCUUCAACCUGGAUGGGGUUAAACAUCACGUUCGGACCUGCAUUCCUGAAGCAAAACUGAUUCCUGCUGGGAAACCCUUCUACUGUCUGAGCUCAGAAGAUCUGCGCAAUACUCACUGCUGCUACUCUGAUUUUUGCAACAAAAUUGAUUUAAUGGUUCCCAGUGGACACCUGAAGGAUAAUGAACCCCCGUCGAGCUGGGGUCCUGUGGAGCUGGUGGCAGUGAUUGCUGGACCUGUCUUCCUGGUGUUUGUUGUCAUGAUCAUUGUAGUCUUUGUUUUUCACCACCACCAACGGGUCUAUCACAACCGUCAGCGGCUGGACAUGGAAGACCCCUCUUGUGAAAUGUGCCUGUCGAAGGAUAAGACCUUGCAAGAUCUAGUCUACGAUCUCUCCACCUCUGGCUCUGGCUCAGGUUUGCCGCUCUUUGUCCAGCGGACGGUGGCUCGGACCAUUGUCCUGCAGGAGAUCAUUGGCAAAGGCCGCUUUGGGGAGGUCUGGCGUGGCCGCUGGCGCGGUGGGGACGUGGCUGUCAAGAUCUUCUCCUCCCGUGAGGAACGUUCCUGGUUCAGGGAGGCAGAGAUCUACCAAACCGUCAUGUUGCGCCACGAGAACAUCCUGGGAUUUAUCGCUGCCGAUAACAAAGAUAAUGGGACGUGGACUCAGCUCUGGCUUGUCUCUGAUUACCACGAGCACGGGUCCCUCUUUGACUACUUGAACCGCUACACAGUGACCAUCGAGGGGAUGAUCAAGCUUGCCCUGUCUGCUGCCAGCGGGCUGGCCCACCUGCACAUGGAGAUUGUGGGCACUCAGGGAAAGCCUGGGAUUGCUCACCGAGACUUGAAAUCCAAGAACAUCUUGGUGAAGAAGAAUGGCACGUGUGCCAUUGCUGACCUGGGCCUGGCUGUCCGGCACGAUUCCGUCACCGACACCAUUGAUAUCGCUCCCAAUCAAAGGGUCGGAACCAAGCGAUACAUGGCUCCUGAAGUCUUGGAUGAAACCAUUAACAUGAAGCAUUUUGAUUCAUUUAAAUGUGCUGAUAUCUAUGCCUUGGGCUUGGUUUACUGGGAGAUUGCUCGAAGGUGCAAUGCUGGAGGUAUCCAUGAGGAGUAUCAGCUUCCAUAUUAUGACCUUGUACCCUCUGAUCCUUCCAUCGAGGAGAUGCGGAAGGUCGUGUGUGACCAGAAAUUACGACCUAAUAUCCCGAACUGGUGGCAAAGCUACGAGGCGCUGCGGGUGAUGGGCAAGAUGAUGCGGGAGUGCUGGUACGCCAACGGGGCCGCGCGCCUCACCGCCCUGCGCAUCAAGAAGACCCUCUCUCAGCUCAGUGUCCAGGAAGAUGUGAAGAUCUAAGGCUCUUGAGUCCCAGCAGGGAGGAAACUGCACAAAAGCUGCCAUCCUAGAGUAGACGUGUUGAUGGAGGCCUACCUCGUGUUUCUGCCCAAUCUACUGCUACCAACCAGACGGCGUGACCUUGCGGGCUGCUCGGUGGGGUGACGGAGCCGAUGGAAUUGCUCUCUUCCCUGCUUGGGUAUGAAACAAUCAGAAACCUUUUUGUGAUCACCUCCUGGCAGCGUGGAGACUGGAGAGGGACUUCACCUGAGGGAUCUCAGCCAUGAUGGUUAACUCUUUCUUUCUUUAAUGGAAAUCCCUGUCAAGUGCAGCGCGUGGAGCGCCCGGUGGCAGCGGCUGGGGCCGGGUGCUGGGAGUGGGAGUGGGAAGGGAAAGGGAAGUUUUUCUUGCCAUACUCUGAGGAUUUUUCCAGGGACUGGCACGUUAAUGCAGGAGGAAAAAAAAAAAAAAAGAGAAAAAAAAAAAAAAGCAUUUGCAAAACACAUGGUGCUCCCUUCUGAGAGGCUGAGCCUGAGCAGUUGAUCAGCUUCACGAAACCCGUUUCCCUCCUAUUUUGUGGUGGUUUGUUUUUUUUCCUUAAGCUUGAAAAAUCCCGAGCCCGACCCAGCGCCGGGGCUGUCGGUGUCUGCAUGCGCGGGGCCGCGUGUCCCCUGUGCCUGUCACCUCCUCCCCUGGACCUGCAGUGUCUGCCCGUGGGGUGGCUCCUCUCUGUCCGUGCUUUCUGUGCAUGUGCAAAUAAUCUGGAGUGUCCCCUCUUUUUUUUCAUUUUGUUAGGGUUUCUUGUUUUAAUUUGAGCUGUGCGUGCUGGUGCUCUCCUUGUUGAGUGGUGAGUGUUGUCUCCCUUGGACAGGCUGCUCCGGAGCAGACCCGUAGCUCUCCCAUGGGUGCUGCAGGGACUUCCCAUCAGGUUGCUUCACUGCCACCCCUUCUCCCUUUUGUUUUUUUAUGAAGACAAAAUAGAUGAGGAACUGAGUUCACUCCUGGAAUCCAGGGUUUUUUUUGUCUCGAGCCCCUGGGGUUUGUACUUCUUGGUAGGGUGGGAAGAGAGACCCAGGGUAGGGGGGAGAUGCCACGGAGCUGGGGUGGGUGUCAGGGAGCAGGCACCGUGCCCAGCUGGAAGGACACCAGGCCCUGGGGAGCUGUGGGAGACUGUUUUCCCCUGGGAACACAAUUCCCAAGGUGUCCCCAUCCAGGUCCCCUGGGCAGAGCCCUCAGGUUCUGAGGUGAGGGCUGAGGGGGGUCUGCUCUGCACCCCGAUGGGGUCCCCAGCACCUGGCAGGAUCCCCCAGGGGCAGGUGGGCUGGGAAAGCAACAUCCAUCUUUUUAGUAUACAUAUAUAAAUAUCUCAUAAUCUGGAAGUGGCUUGUGUAUAACUUGGAGGGUGGGGGGAACUGCAUGAAUUUUCUUUGGUUAAAUGCUGAAUUGGGGGAGGGGGGAGGGAUGUAGUGUUGGUUUGACUGUGUCUGCAGCUGGGCCACCAAGUGGAAGUGGCUGAGGGUAGAGUCUGCAACCUGGGAAGUGCUGGUGGGUGGGUGGUUAGGUCAGUAUCUACCAUAUAUAACUCUUGAAGCCAUAACUUUUAACUGGAGUGGUUUUGAUUAUUGUUUUGUUUUGUUUUAAUUAUUAUUAUUAUUUCAUGGGAGGGUCUGGAUUUUAACUUUUUUUAAUAUUGUUAAUUCUUUAUAAGAGAAGAAAAAACAAUCGAGAAUUAUUACCUCUUGACCUGUUUGUUUGUAAAGAAAUCACUGCAAAAAAAAAACAAAAAAACAAAAACAACCAAAAAAAACCAACAAAAAAAAGGAAAGAAAAGAAAAGACAAAAAAGAAAAGACAAAAAAAAAAACCCAACCAAAUGCACACAGCUCGAUUUACACUGGAACUGUUUCUACUCAAACCUUGCUCCUGCUCUGUGAGGUUUCAUCUCUGCUCCGGCCACCGGGGUGACCUGUUGUUGUUUUUAAUUUUUAAGCACUCUGUUCCUGCUGUCUGUGUAUCUGUCCAUGUGUCUGUCUGGCCCCAGACUCCCUGUCUUGUCCGUGAUUUGGUGUGAAGUGAGGAGUGUUGGGGUUGGUUUUAUUUCAGCAUUGUGUUUGGAGCCGUUUUGCAUCCUGGCGUGGGGCUGAGCCUGGUUGGUGUCCAGCUUCCCCCCCUGCCCCUUUUGUUCUGGCUCCCAGAGCUUUCCCUGUGUCCCCAGGGUUGUGUGUCCCUCCCCCAAACCCUUCUGCAUUUAGAACCCCAGGGUGUGGGUACCAAACCCCCCCAGGGACUCGGAGGCUGCUGCAGCAGGACCCUGGCCGUGGUUGGGGGCAAAUCAGUGGCUGUGAAAGAGCACAGGAAGGUGCCUGGCACCGCUCGGUACAGAUCCCCUGGGAGCUCCACGAGCUCCCCACGGGUACAUAUCCCCUGGAAGCUCCUCAUGGGUACAGAUCCCCUGGGAGCUCCACGAGUUCCCCACAGGUACAGAUCCCCUGGGAGCUCCACGAGCCCCCCACAGGUACAGAUCCCCUGGGAGCUCCAGGGGCUCCCCAUGGGUACAGCUCCCCUGGGAGCUCUGUGGGCUCCCCACUGGUAUGGCUCCCCCAGGGGCUCCCUAUGGUUCUCCCAUCCCCUGGGCUGUCCAGGACAUUCCAUCAGCUCCAGGACUUGCACUGACUCUCUUGCUCUCCCCUCAAGCUGUAGCCACACAUGCACCUGCCUCAGCUCAACCCGUGGUGCAGUUUCAGCCUGGAUGUGGUUGGAAGGGAUUGAGAGCAGGACAGGGUGGCCCCUGUAAGCAGGAGGUGGUCAAAACCGAGGAGGAUCUCAGGUGGGAACACUGACUAUGUAGCAUUUAUCCAGCACUUUUCACACAAAGAGGUGCCAGGGAGGUGCAGGGCUCGCCCAGCUGCCUGGGAGCAAACAUAGGAAUUACUGCCCAGCUCAGAGGUGGCUGCAGCAGCCGUGAUAAAAAACACCCCAAUCCAGGGAGGUGAGGAGAAGGGAGUGAGGCCACAGCAGCUCCAGGCCAGGAGGGGGGAUGGCAGAUACUGGAGGGCAAACGGUGCUGGGGGAGGUGAGGAAUGGAGCUUGUGCCCCUCGUCCGCGGCCUGGGGUGCACUGGGGUACGCUGGCUUCAGAACAGAUCUCUUGGUACUUACCUGCCCCUUUUAUUUGUUUGGGUUUGUAUAUUUUAUUAGAAAUGGACUGUAAAAUAGCCACUUAGACACUUUACCUCUUCAGUAUGCAAAUGUAAAUACGAUGUAAUAUAGGAUAUCUUUUGUUUAAUAUAAACCAAGGCUGUCGAUUUCUGCUGUACAUUAUUAAAAGUUCAUUUUAUUCA